CAUGCUUCAGCGGGGAGAUAAUGUGAAGGCACUGAUACUCACAUUGAACUGGUUCCAGACAGAUAAUCAUCACACCGAGGAUACAUGGAUGGACAGAGAAACAGUGCAAUCGGAAUUAACUUGUCAGCCGGCGCGAGGAAUUUCUGGACAUAAUGGGGAAUACGACACCUAAACCUUUGAUAGAUGCGACUCUGCAACCCCGCCCAGUGGCCAGCAGGCAGUACUACACCCUGCCAAACAAUGGGGCAGGUGUGGAGAGAAGAACAUCUAACGCUCCAGUCAGCAUCAAUGUGGAGUCGCCCCGCUUUCACCCCCACGCCAAAGGCAAGAAUAUCAGGCUGGACGGGCAGCUUCGCCGUGCCACACGCAAGAACAGCUUCUGUAACGGCAUCACUUUCAUCCACAGGCCUGUCCACCUCUACGAGAAGGUGCGGCUUCGCCUGAGUGGCGUGCACACUGGCUGGAGCGGAGCACUACGUUUUGGUUUUACCAGUUUGGACCCCAGUGAACUGGUCGCUACAGACAUCCCCAAGUACGCUUGCCCGGACCUGGUGACGCGGCCCGGCUACUGGGCCAAAGCUCUGCCGGAGAGACUGGCUUUGAAGGACAACGUGCUGUCUUUCUGGGCCGAUCGCCACGGAAGAGUUUUCUACAGCAUCAACGACGGAGAGCCCAUCCUCUUCCACUGCGGGCUCAGCAUCGGCUGUCCUCUCUGGGCCAUCAUAGACAUCUAUGGCAUCACUCAGGAAGUCACACUGCUUGAAAGCACAUUUGCUGAGAGUGUGGGAUCCAGCUGCCUGAGUGCAGCCCGCCUGAGUGCCUAUCUGCCCCAGAGUAGCCAUGACUCGGCCAAUUACAGCAACAAUCAACUGGAGAACAACCAGGCUGCUGCUGCCAAGAUGGCCAACCUCCAGCUCAAUACCUACACUCAGCUCAUCCCCUGCUGCUCCUCCAGCUCUUCCUCCUCUACACCGUCCUCAUCUGCCUCGACUGGAUUCAGCACCCCGAGGGUGGUCCGGGGCCUUCCUUCCCCGCUGGACAAUGACUUGCACUUUCACCCCGUCCGUGGCUCUGAUGUAAUACUCUCUGCAGACCGAUCGGCCGCCUGCAUCCACUUUCUGGACAGCAGUCGGACUCUGGUGUUCAGUGACCGGCCGCUGCAUGUGGGUGAGACUAUGUACGUGGAGGUCGGCCACCUGGGCCUGCCCUACUUUGGGGCUUUGUUGUUUGGUUUAACGUCCUGUGAUCCAGCUAGUCUACAUGCUGGGGACUUACCGGCGGACCCUGAGGUGCUCCUGGACCGUAAAGAAUAUUGGGUGGUGCACAGGGGCUUCCCCAUGCCUUCCUCCGGAGACGUGCUCAGCUUCAGCCUGUUGCCCAGUGGAGAGGUUCACCACGGGGUGAACGGAGUGGGACGUGGCAGGCUGCUCUGUGUGGACUCCUCUCAGGUCCUGUGGGCCUUUUUCACCCUGCAUGGGGCUGUCAACAGACUCAGGAUUCUGGGAACACUGCAGUCCAGUCCUCCCUCCACAUCCCCCAGCUCUUCUCAGAGCAGCAGUCCAGACGACAGUGACUCAGACCUGGCGUUCAGUGUCAACAGAUCCUCCUCUGCCUCUGAAUCCUCUCUAGUCACCGCUCCCAGCUCCCCUCUCAGUCCUCCCGUCUCUCCCACACUCACCGCCUCAGAACUGCCCCCUGCUGGAAAAAACGGAGAAUGCACCAUUUGCUUCGACCAGGACGUGGACACAGUCAUCUACACCUGUGGACACAUGUGUCUGUGCAACGACUGCGGGCUGAAGCUGAAGAGACAGAUUAACGCUUGCUGUCCGAUAUGCAGGAGGCCUAUCAAAGAUGUUAUCAAAACAUAUCGGCCCUGAUCGUGAGGAUUUUCACAUAUAGGUGCUGUGACUUUGGCUGCUGGGUGCUGCCUGUGUCUCCUUCUCAGGCUCGAUUGGAUACAUCAGAGAUUAGCCACACCAGGACAUAAUUGUGCCUAUAUUUCCAUUUUAUAUGGGUAAAUAAUUUCUGGAGGGAGACGAUGCUCUUCAUACGCAGAACUGUGAUGGAGUUCUCUUUAAUACAUUGACUGCUACAUGAGCUCCUAUGUUUUGGCUCACAAAUAAGAGAUGAAUCAUGUGCUCCUGUUUUAUAUUUUCAAUGUGGUGUCUCUUAUGUCACAUGUAUUUGCUGAGCAGAAAAGCCUGCUGUGAAUAUUUUGUCCUUUUCUCAUCGUCCUAGAUUUGUGUGCUUCCGCGGAAUAUGUGGACAGUAGUCUAUGACUUCUAGUGCCUUAGAUUUUUGUCACAUUGUGUGUCCAAGUAAUUAUGCUAAAAAUCUUA